UUGUGUCUGAGGCUUUUUGUGUUUAUUCUUGUGUUCACUGUUAGACUCAUCAUGUCUGGAGCGAACAGUGACCAGCUGCACAGGUCCACUCUGACCAUCUACUCAAAUCUGAUGGAACAGUUCAACCCUGGCCUGCAGAAACUGGUUACUUUAGGAAACAACCAUGUGAAGGCUUUUCAAGCCUUGGCUUUGACAAGUGAGGCCUAUUUCAGUGCUCUGGCGAAGAUGGGAGAGCAGGCCCUGCGUACCCUCUCCUCUCGCUCACUCGGUGAUGUGCUAAUCCAGAUUUCGGAGACCCAGAGGAAGCUCACGGCAGAGGUGGACGGAUUGUUCCGCUGGUUUCAUGUGGAGGUGCUGCAGGCACUGGACAAGAACGUGAAGCUGGAUGAGGAGUAUAUAGAUGGCAGCAGGAGAGUGUAUGAGCUGGAGGUCAGGAAUCAGGCCGCAGCUUUGGAGAGGCAGUUGAGAAGAGGAGCUUACAGAGACUCUCUGGAGGGCAGUGAGUACAUGCAGUAUCUAAGGCAGAGCCAGCAUGAGAUCCUGAGAGAGGAGGAGAGGAGGUACCGCUUCCUCGCUGAAAAACACUGCGGGUUGACGCAAACACUGCUGUUCCUCAUCAACAAGACAGGGGCCUCUCUGCAGCAGAAAGCUGAGGGCUGGAAGGAGAGAGUGAACGAGAGCCGGAGCUCCAGACCUCGAACUCCUACUCCGCUAGAACAGGAUGUACUGUUGAGGACGUCUGUGAGCUCUCUCCUCCAGACCGGAGACAAUAUGGACAUGUGGGCAGGGAAGGAUCACCAGCUGCUGGGCAGAGUGCCCUCUAGAGCACCCUCUCCUCUUCCGAGUCGUUCUCGUUCCAGCUCAGUGGGCGAGUCUCUCGGUCUGGGAGCUGGCCGUCCAAUGAUAGCUCUCGUUUCUCACCCUGCCUCCUCAAAUCCGGUACUGCUGCCGUUCUCCAGCGCUGAGACGCUUACCGUGCUCAUACCAGAGGCACGCAACGGCUGGCUGUACGGUCGCCACGACGGCAAUCUGCGGCAGGGUUGGUUUCCUGCAGCUUACGUUGCACCUGUGGAAGACUUUCCAUCAUUAAGCUCAAGUGGGACGUCACUCCGAAGCCACAGCAUGAACAAUCUGCUGGAGCCCACCAGCCACUCAGAACCCACUGAUAUCAAGAGCAACACUGAAAUCUCUCCUCCAGCUCUGCCCAUUCGGAGAGCCUCAGCCGAUCUCCGUCCAAUCUCUCCCCUACCUGACAGGAAAACCGAGGCUACCUAUGAGGUCAAGACCAAUCAAAAGAGCUACAGUGAGAUCCCACCCCCAGCUCCGCCCAUCCGAAGAGCCUCCGGUGACUUCCGUCCGAUCUCACCUCUCCUCGACCGGAGGGCGGAGUCUCAUUUCGAGAGCAAAGUGGAGGCAAAGAGUUACUCUCAGAUCCCGCCCCCUGCACCGCCCCUUCCUAAGCCUGCUGACCUUCGUCCAGUCUCCCCACUCCCUGAGAAAAAGGCGGAGUCUAGCUCUGAGAGAGUGAACCCUCAAGGACAGCUCCCAGAGCACCCUCUCUUUCCCAGGGGAUCAAAUCCUUUCGCCACGGUGAAACUCCGGCCCACAGUGACCAAUGACAGAUCAGCACCGAGAAUCCACUGACCAUUACCAAAGCAGCACACAUGAGCUGUCAUUCCUUUUGGACAAUAUGAGUAUAAACACCUGAACAAGACUUACAAAUAUUCAAAAACUGUGAAUUUCUGGAACUGCUUGGGUUUGUUUUGGUCAGAAUUCUCUAAAUUCUUAAGCUCCAGCCGUGGUGGAGAUAUCUGUCAACAUUCACACACUCAGAUGCCGACUUGGUUUGAGCAUUCUGUUACCGUUGGAAACCCUCUAGAAUGAUCAUACCCCAUUUGUGUGUUUGUUGUGUGUCACUUCUAUUCCCGGACAUUUGGAAGCCCAUCUGCCCACUUUGGAACGCCGGGGUUUGUUGGCAUUUCUUUGGAUCGUCUGGAAGGACAGUCCAACUGUGAAAGCUGUUCAGUUACAGCCGAUAAACUGUGUGUGCAUGUGUGUUUUGUGAGAGCUGUGACUGUUUGCAAUCAAGAAUGUUUUCUAGAGUGUUUAGUGUGUCAAAAGUUUGGG